AUGGCGGUAGGAAAGGAAGGAAACGUGAAAUGGGUUGAUGGCCUCCGUGGCAUGGCCUCAACGCUGGUCGUCAUUAAGCACAUUGCUUGUGCCUUUUUCCCAUACCUCCUAUGGCCCUCACCAAGUGAGGAGGAGGACCCCGUCAUGCUCCAGCGGCCCUACUUCCGCGUCCUUAUCCAGGGACGUAUCGGUGUAGCAAUUUUCUCCUUUGUCACAGGCUACGUAUGUGCCUUAAAACCUGUCAGGAACUUCAGGGCCGGCAACCAGAACUCCUCCUUCAACUCUAUCAGCAGAUCAGCACUCCGUCGUGUGCCUCGUCUGGUACUACCCGUCCUCAUCAUCCUCACUGCCAGCUGCUUCGCCACCCAGCUCGGUGCCUUCGAGACCGCAAAGCACUGCGAUGGAGCAGGUCUACCCGAAACGAGCCCCAACAGGCGCGACAGUUGGAUCGAAGCUAUUGUUGCUCUUUUGCAGGAUAUGGUCAGGGUCUGGUCCCACGGCCAGAGCGAGUACGGAGCUGAGCUGUGGACAAUGAUGCCCAUUCUGAAGGGUGCCUUUUGGGUCUUCAUCUACCUAAUGGCUACCGCCCACGUUCAGACCAGAUAUCGAAUGAUGAUUGCCAUGGGCCUGACCCUUUUCCGCGCCGCCUCCAACGACCCAUUCUUCGGCAUGCAAUUCUUCUUUGGCGCCUUCAUGGCCGACUUGCAGCAGCUGCCCGAGGGAUCAGGCCCCGCGUGGACGUCUUUCCUCUCCCAGAAAUCUGGCCUGGCUGGCGUGCGCAUGCUCCUCUCCGCCUUGUUCCUCGUCGUCGGUCUCUUUAUCGCCUCCCUACCCGACAUGCACUUCGAAUGGCAGCCUUGGUCGCAGUCCCUCAUGGAAUUUAUGCUGUCCGUCCUGCCCCGAGACCCAGAUCUCCCGCGAUUCUCCUCCGGCCUCGGCCUCGAUCUCAUCGUCAUGUCCAUCCACUUCUCCCCGACCGUCCGAAAUAUUCUCGCAAGCAAGCCAUUCCUGUUCUUCGGCAAGGUUUCUUUCGCCGUCUAUCUCUUGCACAACCAGUUCCUCCGGUCUGUGCUGUGCUGGAUGGUCUACGGUUUCAAGAUUCCAGAGCCCGUGCAGGACGCCGAAACGGGUGAGUGGAUGCCGGGUCCGCUCCUCGAAUUCCCAGGUGCUGCAAGGCUGUUCGCCGUACUGCCCAUCUACUUCGCACUGAUUUACGGCGCGGGCUACCUUUGGAUCGAAUAUGUGGACUCUUGGUGUGCGCGGGUCACAGAGCGUGUCUGUGGCUCGAUCAAGGAGGAGACCGACGAGAAGUCUGGACCAUCAUUGUUGCCAGUGUCCAACGGAGACCGUCAAUGA